GAAGUUUUUAUUCGUUACAUCCGUUCUUGCAGCGCAGUGUGAUUGACCUACACUUAGGAGAAAAUGGCAGCGGCUAGGCUGGGGCUGCAGGUGCGUCAAUUCAGCUCCACCGCAAGCAGACCAGUGGCGAAACUUGUCAAGCCUCCUAUUCAGGUGUAUGGAGUGGAGGGCCGCUAUGCCACGGCACUGUUCUCCGCGGCCAGCAAGCAGAAGAACCUGGAGCUGGUGGAGAAAGAGCUAGCCCAUGUGUCUACCUUGAUUGCAGACCCUAAGCUCUCCAGUAUCGCGAUGAACCCUCAUGUGAAGCGCAGCGUGAAGCAGAAGACCUUCAGCGAUGCCCUGACCAGGGAGAAGAUGUCCCCCAUUACCAUCAACCUCAUCAAUGUCCUGGCUGAGAAUGGGCGCCUGAAGCUGACCUCUGAUGUCAUCUCCGCCUUCAGCAAGAUGAUGAGUGCCCACCGGGGAGAGGUCACCUGUACCGUUACCACUGCACAGCCCCUGGAUGCGGCCAACCUGGCGGAGCUGAAGACUGCUCUGAAUGGCUUCCUGCAGAAGGGAGAGACGCUGAAACUGGAGACUAAGUCUGAUCCGUCUAUCCUUGGCGGGAUGAUUGUCAGCAUUGGGGAUAAGUAUGUGGACAUGUCCACCAAGACCAAGAUCCAGAAGCUCACCAAGAUUAUCAGAGAUACAUAAGUCCUGUGGACUCAGAAGUGUGGAGUAUUCCUGUGUAUAGCAGCCUAGUUUCCUGUAAUGUGACACUGCCUUCUUGCUGUGUUCAUAAUAAAUAUUCUAUAAAGUAC